AUGCAGGGUUUGCCAGCGAUGGCGACCACAGCCCCCAGCCGCCCCACUGCAGAUGACCACAUCUUGGUCAGCAGAAGCUGGGACGACCUCCUAAGCUCUCAGCAGCUGUUGGUUGAGAGCACCCUUGCGUUCAACAAGGCCAUGGUCCAGAAGUUUGCGGCCGAUCGCUUGACGCCUCCACUACCCCGACAGGGAGUUUCGGACGUCGCAUGGUUGCCCCACUGCUGUGGCAGCUUUCCGGGCGAGUUGCUACACCAUCAGGUGGUCGAAGAGAAGGAUCGGAAGCGUAAUGACACUGAGGAGGAGCCCCUGGCUCCCUUUACUGUGGUGUCAACCUCUCCUUUGCGACAGCCCCUACUACCAGGCCGGGCGACUUCCUCUUCGUCGAAAGGGCGCCUCGCCGGCAUUCAGCGUGUCGCCUUCGGGCAGCUGGAUGAGGAGACUAGCAGCCUGCAGGCGUUGCAGGGCAGGGAAAUGGUUCCGGACUCUGACGAUGACUCGUACCGUACUGCAACCAACAGGAGCAAGCACAGCCAGAAAGUCUUCACCCUGAAUGCCGAGGUAGCAGUGUCGAAGCAUUCAUCCUUCCGACCUAGGCACGCCCGCCGGGAGGUUCGCCGCAAAGACGUUAACCGCAACUCCAGAGUCCAGCAGGCCCAAGUCCUAAUCAAAGUCCCUUUGCCCCCACCCGCCAUGGGUGCGUCUGCCGGCUACGGGCAAGUGGUGCAUGACGGCAUAUGUGCCAUGCACAAGCUGGGCAUUCAGGUUUCGCCCUCGCCCGACAUGAUGGCGAUCAUGGACGCAAAAGACACACUGUGCCAGGUGGCUAUAUUGAGCAUUUGUUCGGAGGACAUGCUCGUAUACUACACGGCAGAUGAGUUUGCGACUGGCUUCAAGAAGAGGCCGGCUUUUCAGCUGCGCGGCAUCAGACAGAACAGAGGCUCGUCAUGCGAGGGCAUCUGGAUCACCAAACGGCAACCUGGCAGCUCGUGCCCUUCACCCGAUGUGAGGCCGUUUGUGGGUUCGAAGGACAUGCUGUGCAGGGUGGCCAUAUUGAACAUAGGUUGGGAGGACACGCUCGCACACAAGACAAUGGAGGAGUCUGCGAUUGGCUUCACGAAGUCGCUGGCUUUCCAGCGGCACGGCGUCAAGCACAGCAGAGGCUCGUCAGGUGAGGGCAUCUGGACCGCCGAACGGUUCGGAGGACACACUCGCACACUUCGCCGUGGCCGCUGGCUUCAAGAAGAUGCUGGCUUUCCAACCGUGCGGCAUCAAGCAGAGCCGAGGCGAGGCGUCUGGAUUAUCAAGCGGAACUGGGCAAUCACUGCAAGUCUUACAGAGGGGGUGAUGCACAGACGACAAGGUCUAAUGGCCUUCAUGCUGUUGUUGAGAAUGAUGUCCCGAUAUCACCUCGUUGAAGGAAGACCCUGCACUUCUGAGUUCCGAUAUGUGGAUCGUAGGCAUCGUCCAUGUGCCAUCUUUGAUUUUGUUGUGGGGAUGGGACAGCUUUUCCGCUUGCUGGUUACAUCCCACCCCUGCCGGAUAGCGGUGGACACGGACUUGAACAAGUCAAAGUCUGUGUGGGAGGCACCUUAUGUCUUUCUGCUUGCCGAAAACUUCUUCUGCUUCGUCUUCACCAUGGAGCUUAUCAUCUGCCUGGGUUCUUUUCAAAGUGCUUCGCAAGCUUGCGAAGGCUGGUUUCUUUUUGAUUCGUCCCUGACCAUCAUGAUGAUUUGGGACACCUGGGUGUCGUUUCUCGUCGAGAAGAUCUCCGGGCACAACGUAAUCAGCUCGCAGGUUCGGAGCUUCACGAUCUUGCGGGUGCUUCGCAUCCUGAGGAUAGCGCGAGUGGCACGGGCUGCACGGAUUAUCAAUUCCCUUCCCGAGCUGCGUGUUCUGGUGAAGGGCAUGGUGAUUGCUAUGCGCUCGACUUGCACUAUCCUGGCUUUACUGCUUAUCGUGGUUUAUAUCUUUGCUAUUCUGUUCGUGCAGCUGCUGGCAGACAGCCAAGUUGGACAAGGAUGGUUUGAGAAUGUUCCUCAGGCCAUGAAUUUCCUCCUGCUGCAGACAUUGGCAGGGGCCGAUGUAAUUGUCAUCAACAAGCUCCUCGCAGCAGGCUGGACCUACUACCUGCUGUACCUGGCCUUUGUGUUCAUGGGCUCUCUGACAUUGAUGAACAUGCUCAUCGGAGUCCUCUGCGAAGUGGUUGGUGUUGUUGCUCAGAUUGAGGAAGAGCGAGCCUUUCACGACGAAGCACAGUUGUACAUCGCCAACUUUGUCAAUGUGCUGGACAUUGAUGGAGACCAGAAGCUGUCGAAACUCGAGUUUCUGCAGCUUAUGGAGCGGGAUCCAGACCUGCACCACGUCUGCAUCAAAGCUUGCCGUUAUUCGGCUCCAGUACCGACGGAGAGACGACGCUUGCGUUCUGGUUCGCUGCUUGCAUCAUGGAUCAUUGUGACAACUUCUGGUUGGACCUUGGUCGAGCUUAGCACAGGCAGUGUACUGGUGAGACGCAUCUGA